AUGGGAAAUAACCAAGGUCUUUCUGUGUUGGCGAGAUUAGACGCGAUGGAAGAAAAGAUGGCCGCGAUGGAAAAAACUGUGAAAGAACCGGCAGAACCCUCUGUAAGCUACGGCAACCAGUCCUUGAUUAAUGGGUCCAUGAAGCGACAAACCCUCAAUAUAUCCAUGCUCGAGAUACGAUCGCCUAUACGGGAAGAUGUUAUUGCAAGGUUGAACGAAGCUAAUCAAGCCGUUACUGAAAGCGGUGGGGAAAGUUUCAACGCUUCUUGA